GGAAGUGCGCGGCGCGCAGGCGCAGUGCCCGUGGCGGCGGGCGGCGGGCGGGAGAAGGAGGCGGCGGCGGCGGCGGGAAGGCGGGAGGGGAGCGCAGCGGCGGGCGCCAUGCCGCGGGAGAUCAUCACGCUGCAGCUGGGCCAGUGCGGAAACCAGAUCGGCUUCGAGUUCUGGAAGCAGCUCUGCGCCGAGCACGGCAUCAGCCCCGAGGGCAUCGUGGAGGAGUUCGCCACCGAGGGCACCGACCGCAAGGACGUCUUCUUCUACCAGGCAGAUGACGAGCACUACAUCCCGCGAGCCGUGCUGCUGGACCUGGAGCCCCGGGUCAUCCACUCCAUCCUCAACUCCCCUUACGCCAACCUCUACAACCCAGAAAACAUCUACCUGUCCGAGCAUGGCGGCGGAGCUGGGAACAACUGGGCCAGUGGCUUCUCGCAGGGGGAAAAAAUCCACGAAGAUAUCUUCGACAUAAUAGACAGAGAGGCUGAUGGCAGCGACAGUUUGGAAGGCUUUGUGCUUUGCCACUCCAUCGCCGGCGGGACGGGCUCGGGGCUGGGCUCCUACCUCCUGGAGAGGCUGAAUGACAGGUAUCCCAAGAAGCUGGUGGAGACCUACUCGGUUUUCCCGAACCAGGACGAGAUGAGCGACGUGGUGGUGCAGCCGUACAACUCCCUGCUGACCCUGAAGAGGCUGACUCAGAACGCUGACUGCGUGGUGGUUCUAGACAACACAGCCCUGAAUCGCAUCGCCACAGACCGGCUGCACAUUCAGAAUCCCUCCUUCUCUCAGAUCAACCAGCUGGUUUCCACCAUCAUGUCUGCCAGCACCACCACGCUCAGGUAUCCUGGCUACAUGAACAACGACCUCAUCGGGCUGAUCGCCUCGCUCAUCCCCACCCCGCGCCUGCACUUCCUCAUGACGGGCUACACGCCGCUCACUACGGACCAGUCGGUGGCCAGCGUGAGGAAAACCACGGUUCUGGAUGUGAUGAGAAGGUUGCUGCAGCCCAAAAACGUGAUGGUGUCCACGGGGCGAGACAGGCAGACCAACCACUGCUACAUCGCCAUCCUCAACAUCAUCCAGGGGGAGGUGGAUCCCACGCAGGUUCACAAGAGCCUGCAGCGGAUCCGGGAGCGAAAGCUGGCCAACUUCAUCCCCUGGGGGCCCGCCAGCAUCCAGGUGGCUUUGUCCCGCAAGUCCCCCUACCUGCCCUCCGCACACCGCGUCAGCGGGCUGAUGAUGGCAAACCACACCAACAUCUCCUCGCUGUUUGAGCGGACGUGCCGGCAGUACGACAAGCUGCGCAAGCGGGAGGCCUUCCUGGAGCAGUUCCGCAAGGAGGACAUCUUCAAGGACAACUUCGACGAGCUGGACAACUCCCGGGAGAUCGUGCAGCAGCUGAUCGACGAGUACCACGCGGCCACGCGCCCCGACUACAUCUCCUGGGGCACGCAGGAGCAGUGAGGGCCCUGUGCGUGUGGGGGGAACGGGAGGGUCCCACGGCCUCCCCCACGCGUGCCAGCGGGGCUCGGCUCUGCUGUGCCCACCUUUAGCACCCCUCCAAGCUGCCCGGCCGCAGCUGGCAUCGCCACGGUGGCUGCACACACACACGCAGGAGCGGCUCAGCACGGAGCUGCACUGCCCCUAAGACCCUUGGCAGGGGACAGCCUCUGCUCCACGGGCCCAGGACGGGACUGGGGCAGCUGCUGGUAGGGAAAGCUCUUCCCCUGGGAGCACGCGCUCGCACGGAGGAGGGCGAGAGCGAAAUCGGGGGGCCGGGAGCAGGCUUGGCCCAAAGAUUUGGGUCCUGGGGCCGAGGGCUCUGUGUGGCUGAGCCAGUCCUUGCCCUGGGCACGGGCCUUGUUCCUCCUUCGCCAGAUCAGGCCUGGGGCACAGGCUGUAUCUAUAUUUUUGUAGGUUAUUUUGCUUUAAUAAAGGCUGUUCCUGCACUGACCCCA